UGACUCGGGCGAACGCUGAACUGAGCUUGCGGGUUUGGCGGCGACUCACUGCUCACGCGCUCACCCACAAAGCAGAACAUUCCGGUGGCGCGAGCUGAACCUUUAACUGCUUCUUAAAAACGUCGAGGGAAUAUUUUGUUUUCGGUCGUUGGGUUUUUGGUUGUUGCUUUUUUCUCCUCGCGGCCAUAGACACAGGAUUGUUUUGUGAUGGGUGGUGGAAGCAAAUCACGGAUUUUUUUCUCUUGGAGACCAAAGUGAGAAGAUGUCCUAGCCUACUGCUGAACGCAAGUUUUAUACCGACAAGAAGCAAAUGGUGGAAUUGAGGAUUAUUUAGGGGGAAAGGAUACUCACUCCAAAGAAUAACAUAAAUUGUGCAGAACACAAUUUUCAUUACAGAAAAGGGUUUUCUCGUGCGCAUAAUUGGAUUGUAUUGUUGUCUGACUGACGAAGCAUCAUUUUGGAGUAUCUAGUUUUUGGAGAUUUAAUGACCAACGUUUGGGCAAGAAAUGACCGCUUCCGCUCGUUAUCCAAUCUGACCACCUUAUUAAUGACAUGGAAAAACGAGGACCCCACAACGUCCUUUAUUAUUUGAUUCUGAAUGCACCCCUGCUAUUCUGUGUAAAUGCCACAUUUACUGAAGUGCCCAAAGAUGUGAGUGUCGGUGAGGGCGAGGACAUAGAGAUGCCGUGCGCUUUUCGAGCUGUCGGAGUCUCGCCGUUCUCUCUGGAGAUUCAAUGGUGGUACCUCAAGGAAGCAGCCCCUAAAGAGCUCGCUCAUGAACUUCAAAUUAGCGCUCCGGCCAACAGAGCCAAGGUUGCCCACAGGGACGCCACGAAAAUAAGUACGGUGAGAGUCCAGGGCAACGCUAUUUCUCACAAGCUCAGCCUAUCGGGUGUGCGGAAGGAGGACGAGGGAGUUUACGAGUGUCGGGUUUUGGACUUGUACUCUGAUGAGACUCAGGAAAACAUGGUGCAGGCCACUCUGCGCGUUACCCCGCGCGAAGGAAUGCUUGCCGAGGAGGCCGUGUCUCACAUCCAGAAUCGAUGGCCACUGAGGUACAGCAAUACAGCGACGGGUGGACGGGCCACCUUUGAGCCGGGCCAGGGUCAGGGACAACCCCGCAUGCCUCCUCCGCUCGGAAUUGGGCCUGCUCCCGUCUCAACAACUACAACCCCUGCAGUCAAGUCUUCAGUUUCGUCUCAGCCGGGCAAUUCGUCCAUCCUGAGACAACAGCACGGAUCCGGUUCCGGAACAAUGGCAACCACUGAGCCACUCCUUUACAUCACUCUGCUGAUCCUGCACAAGCUCCUCUCCUUCCUGUUUGACUACUAAGAGACCACAGCCAAACAACUUCACUUUAUGUACCAAACGACAAAGGGAAAACAUAACGAUGUGUAUAUAUAUAUAUAUAUAUAUAUAUAUAUAUAUAUAUAUAUAUAUAUAUAUAUAUAUAAUCUUCCAUUAUGACACAUCACAGAGAGGGAUUGGAUGUGACAAAUUGAUCAGCAAAUGACUUUGAAUAAAAAUUAAAUAUCACAAUAAUAAAGAGAAGGCCAUAUACUUUUCUGAGACUUGUGUGGGAAAUUUGUCUCAGAUUUGGGUGUAAAAUGGAUUCUAUAAGAAGCAUGACAAAAACAAAACAAAAUAUAUAUAAAAAAGGAGUUCUUGUGAAUUAGAGCUUUGCAACUGUGUCAUACACAAAACUGAUAUCCAUAAACGCUGCAUCCACUUUCCAAAUACAACAUUUUGUCUUGCUAUAUGCAUGGCUCUUUUUUAGUUUUGUUUUAUUAUUUUAUUAUUAUUAUUAUUAUUAUUUACAUUUAAGUGAUUUUUUUUUUGUGAUUAAGUGAUUAAGAUUUUUCAUUUUAAUUUGAUAAUUUUUCUAAUUUAAGUAUCUGAUGUUGAAUUACGAAUGACAAGGUCAAAACUUCACAUUUCACAUCUCAAUAUUUUUAUUUGCAUGAGCUGAAUCCGAAUCAGAAAGGUCAAGACGCUCAUUCAUGUUAAGACAAUGUGUAAUACUAUGUGUUUAAGAGUUCUCAAAUAUUUCACAUAAUGUAUAAAAAUGCAACAUUAUAUAUUUUGAUCAACACGUUACCAUAGUUGUUGUCAGUCACUUCUAAUAAUGUUUAUUUUUAUUAAAGGUAUGGUGGUCAAGGUAAGACAUUCAUUUAUAAAAUUGUAAAAGAAAAAAAAUAUUGGUACUGUAUG